AUGGUGGUAGUGGUGGUCGUCGUGGCAGUCGUGGUGGUGGUCGUGAUGGUUGUGGUAGUGGUGGUGGUGGUUGCGGUGGUCAUUAUGGUGGUGGUGGUGGUGGUUGUCGUUGUGCUUGUGGUGGUGGUUCCAGUUGUGGUGUUGGUUGUUGUUGUUAGUGUGGUGGUGGUGUUGGUGUUGCUAGUGGUUAUGGUGGUGGCGGUGGAAGUGGUGAUGAUAGUGGUGGAUGUGGUGGUGUUGGGUGAUGAUGGUGGUGAGUGUGAUAGUGGUGGUGGUGGUGGUGGUGGUGGUGUGGCCAUGGUGAUGGUUGUGGGUUGUGGUAGUAGUGGUGAUGAUAAGGGUCGUAGUGGUGGUGAUUGCGGUGGUGGUGGUGGUGUUGUGGGUUGUGGUAGUAGUGGUGAUGAUGGUGGUUGUGGUGGUGGCACUGGUGGGGUGGUGGUGGUUGUGACGGUGACCGUUGGUGGCCUUGGUUGCGUUGGUAGUGGCGGUGGUGGUGCUGGUCGUAGCGAGGGUGGUGGUGGUACUGUUGGUGGUGCUGGUGGUGGCUGUAGUGAUGGUGAUGGUUUUGGUGGUAGUGGUCAUGGUGGUGGUGGUGGUGGUGAUGGUCGUGUUUGGGGUCGUGGUGGUGGUGGUGGUGGCCAUGGUGGUUGUUGUGAUGGUGGUGGUGGUCGUGGUGGAAGUGGUGAUGGUGGGUUUGGUUGUGGUGGCGAUGGCCUUGGUAGAAGUCGUGGUGGUGGCCGUGGUGGGGGUGGUAGUGGUUCUGGUGGUGGUAGCCGUGGAGGUGGUGGGUCUUGUUGUGAUGGUGGGGGUCAUGGUCGUGGGGGUGGUGGUGGCCGUGGGUGUGGUGGUGGUGGCGGUUGUGGGGGUGGCCGUGGUGGUGGUGGCGGUGGUCGUGGUUGGGGUGGUGGAUUACAGUUUGGUCUCGUAAGAACAAGUUUAGGGUUCAAGAUUCAGGGUUUAUGGUUUAGGGUUUAUGGUUCAGGUGGUGGUGGUGGCCGUGGUGGGGGUGGCCGUGGUCGCCGUGGUGGUUGUAAUGGUAGUGGUGGUAGUGGUUGUGGUGGUGGUAGCCAUGGAGGUGGUGGGUCUUGUUGUGAUGGUGGGGGUCAUGGUCGUGGGGGUAGUGGUGGCCAUGGGUGUGGUGAUGGCUAUUGUGGGGGUGGCCGUGGUGGUGGUGGCGGUGGUCGUGGAUGGGGUGGUGGAUUACAGUUUGGUCUCGUCUACGGUGUAUGGUUUGUUAUUGAGGGUGGUGGUGGAGGUUGCGGUGGUGGUGGGGCUGGCCAGGGUGGUGCUGGUGGUGGCCACGGUGGGGGUGAUGGUUGUGGUGGCUGCAGUGGGGGUGGUGGUGGUGGUGAUGGUGGUGGUGGUAGUGGUGGUCGUGGAGGCGGUGGUGUCAUGGUGGUGGUUGUUGUAGUGGUGGAGAUCGUGGUGGUGGUGAUGGUGGUGGUGGAAGUGGUGGGGGUCGUGUUAGGGGCUGUGGUGGUCGUGGUGGUGGUGGUUGUGGUUGUGGUGGUGGUGUUGUUGGCCAUGGUUGUCGUUGUAGAUGUUGUGGUGGUGGUGGUGGUGGCCAUGGCGGUGGUUGUGGUAGCCAUGCUGGUGGUGGUGGUUGCUUAG